AUGGAAACGGUAGCUACGCCAUACAUGGUUCGUGGCGCGAUCAUUGAAGCACUAAAUUUGCCAAAAGAACAGUUUCCAUAUUUCAACACUGGCGAGGAUUUUAUCAAUUCGUUUUACCUCGUCGGACAGUGUUUGCCAUCUUUACUGUCGAUUUUGAUUAAAACAUGUCUCAGUGAUAAAAUUAAUGAAUGGCCAAUUAGAUUAAUUACAUCCGGUGCAUCGUACCGCACUUUUUCGUCACACCGUGCUACUGAUGAAAAUAUAAAUUUAUAUAACGCUCCACAGCAGAUGCUAGUAACGUUAUUAAUAAUAUGUAAUUCGGCUAUUGAAGAAUCCUUGGAAUAUGACAAUAUCAUCAACAGGCUGCAGAAGUUAUUUCUUAUAAAAUUGCCAUUGAAUUGUCAUAUAGAUAAUAUUCCUCCGGAUCAGUUAUUCAAUUUUGAAUCAGCUGCUUCCUCUUUAAGAACUGAAUCGAAUAUUGAAGUGGCACGAAUAAGCCGUUCAGGUACUUAUAUCUCGAAUAGGCUGAAUGUCGUUUACGGUUCAAACAUAAAAACGCAAUUUGUAUUUCUUGUAAAUGCAGAGAUAAAUCUUACUAGGGUUGUUGCCACUGUUUUUGAAGAUUACAUGGUUGAUUCCAAACCGAUACCGAGUGAAAUUCAGUACUUAUUGAAAAGCCAUUGUCAAUUGUGA